AUGGUGGACAACCAGUGCUAUGUAAAAGUCUGUACCCUGAAUGAUGACUAACAAUGGGUCUUUCUAGGCACAGGGCUCAUCUCAUUCACUUAUGAGGAGUGGGCCCAGGGCGUGCUUCUGCUAGUUAGAUCCGAGUCCAACGGCUCACUGAUCUUGGAGUCAAAGAUAAAUCCAGACACGUCCUAUCACAAAGAAGGAAAGUUAAUUAUUUGGUUUGAGGGUGAGAACCAUGGUACAGUGAUACAUUUCCAGGACACGGCAAGUUGUCAUGAGGUCUGGAAAGACGUUUGCCAGGUUCAAGGUAAAGUCCCGUGUGCCGAAAUCAUACAUGAUGUCAUGGAUGAAUCAGAAUAGGAAGAGUGUGAUGAGCCAAAAACCGCUGAACUGCUCGACCUGCCAAACUGCGAACUCGGUAAACUUGGACAGAUUGCUGACUUAGUUACCUUGGGUCUCACCUCACCUAUGGGUAAAGAAAGCCUGGCUCUGGCCUUGGAAAGGGAGGACUAUAUUAAAAAACUACUGCAGUUGUUCCACACUUGUGAGAACCUAGAGGAUACUGAAGGCUUACACCAUUUGCAUGGAAUUAUUAAAGGAAUCUUAUUCCUCAACAAGACAUCUCUGUAUGAGAUCCUGUUUUCUGAAGAGUGUAUCAUGGAUGUGGUGGGAUGCCUUGAAUAUGACCCUGCUUUGGCUCAGCCAAAAAGGCAUAGGGAAUUCUUAACCCAAAAUGCAAAGUUCAGGGAAGUUAUACCAAUAACAGACUGUGAACUUCGACAAAAAAUACAUCAGACGUACAGGAUACAGUACAUUCACGACAUCUUUUUGCCUACACCAUCCAAGUUUCAAGAGGAUGUUCUUUCUAGUCUUACACGUUUUAUUUUUUUUAACAAGGUUAAGAUAGUCAACAUAGUUCAGGAAGAUGACGAGUAUUUGGCUGAAGUUUUUGCCCAGAUAAGGGAUAAGGCCACAGAUGAUGAUAAACGGCGUGACCUGGUAUUUUUUUUAAAGGAAUUCUGUGCAUUUUCUCAGCUAUUACAUCAUGAAAACAGGUGUGCACUAUUCACAACACUGACAGAAUUGGGAAUUCUUCCUGCUCUUAAAAUUGUAAUGGGCAUGGAUGAUUUGCAAAUAAGGUCAGUUGCUACUGAUAUACUUGCUGAUCUAGUGACGUAUACUCCAUCCAUGUUCCAAAGAUUUAUAAUGGAAGAAGCCCAGCAAAGUGAAGAUGGCAAACUUUUCAUUAAUUUAAUAAUUGAACAAAUGAUCUGUGAUACUGACCCUGAGCUAGGAGGUGCUGUUCAGUCAAUGGGGCUUCUUUGUGCUCUACUUGAUCCAGACCACAUGCUGGCAACACAUAGAAAAUGUAAAAGAAGUGAAUUUCUAGAUUUCUUCUAUAAACGUUGUAUACAUAACUUCAUAGCACCACUUUUGUCAACUACUUCAGAAGAUAUAUGUGAAGAGGAUAAUAUAGUUGGAUCUGACAAAAACAACGUCUUGUGUGCUCUUCGCUUUAUGAGAAGGAUGAUUGACCUUAAAGAUGAACUUUAUAAUUUUUACAUCAUCGAGGGAAACCUUUUUAAGCCAGUUGUAAAUGCCCUUCUGGAUAAUGGAACUCGGUACAAUAUGUUGAAUUCAGCUAUUAUUGAGCUGUUUGAAUACAUAAGAGUGGAAAAUAUCAAGUCUCUUGUUGCACAUAUAGUUGAAGAGUUUUAUGAAACACUUGAGUCAAUUGAAUACGUUCAGACAUUCAAAGGAUUGAAGAUUGAAUAUGAACAAGAGAAAUACCGGCAGAAUCAAGUAUGGAAGAAUUUGUAUUCUGUAGUGCAUAGUAAGGUAUUUUGCAGAGGUGCCAGUGUCUUGGAGGAAAAGGAAGAAAUGAGUUCUAAAGAAAAUAUAGAGGAAGGAAAAGCAGGUAUGCCAUCAUCAGAAAGUGAUUUUCAAGAUCAUUAUGAUAAAUUUGUGGAGACUAAAAAAGCAAAAGAAAAUGAAGACAAGGUAGAUCUUCCCCAAAAAACAUCUUUUGGUGGCUUCAGAUUUACUUCAUUCCAUUCUGCGAGUGAUGCUGGUGGAGCAGGUAACCCAAACGGUAGCAGCAUGGUGGGCUUAGUGGAUUAUUCAGCUGACAAAGAAGAAGAUAAAGAAGGUGAAACACCCCCCAGGAAAAAACUAUAUCUUAGCUCAUAA